GAUCCUUUGCUUCCCAAAAGCAGUCGCUAGUUCUUGCUUCUUCGACUGUAAAAAGUUACCAUGCAUUUUUCUCUCAUCUCCUGGUAAAUCUCCACUUCCUACUUCUACUGCGUUUAAUCUCAACCUCCAUUGGUCAGUUCCCGGAGCUCCACAGAUUCUUGUUGCCUUGCGUUAAGAUUUUGCUGCAACGUGAGUUGAGACUUCCUUCAGAUUAAUUUCAACCAUGGUAAGUUUCGGGAAUGGUGGAUCGAAGCAGCCAACCUUAGUGUCGUUUUAAGACCUACCCAUUGAUUGAUUCCUUCCUCCACUUGCUUUCAACUUCCAAGCUUUACAACUGCAGAGCAGAUACCUUUCCCCUCCAUCCUUCCACAUAGAAGAUUAGCCAGCAAGGGAGGUCAGGAACCCCCCUAAUCCCAGUUGCAUGCCCCUUUUGUUGUUGUUGUUGCUGCUGCUGUUCCUUCGCGUCUCAAUUGCUGCAUUUGCUCCGAAAUGCUUGAAUCUCCCGCUUAAAAAUCGAAUUUUGAUGGCGGAUUUUGUAGUCCUGGCUCGUUGAUUGAUCUGGAAGCUUUGAUAGGCUUCUGACUGCAAUGGCUUCAAGGUCGGGUUUUUCCAGGUGGUGGGCGAGGGAGAAACGGCAGCAGCAGAAGGGCACGCCGGUGGUGGUGACGAUGGAGAAUCCUAACUACUCCGUUCUCGAGAUCGCAGCCACCGGCGACGAAGCGUUCCCCGCCACGGACAAGGGCCGCGGCAAGAACGCUAAGCAGUUCACCUGGGUGCUUCUCCUCAAGGCCCACCACGCCGCCGGCCGCCUUGCCUCGGCGGCAGCGUUGCUGUGGGCGCUGCCGGGAGCGGUCGGUAAAAGGUUGGUUUCCCAUCGCCGCGUUGACGAUGCUUCCGAAAAGCCCCAUUUGCUGCUGAAGCUAAUCAAGGGCCUCCUGUUCUUCUCCCUGGCCGCACUGGCAUUCGAGCUCGUUGCGUACUGGAACCGGUGGCACUUCCGGCAGACAGAAUUGCAUUUGCCGGAGGCGAUCGAGAUCCAGGGGUGGAUCCACUCAGCCUACCUCUCAUGGCUUUCCUUCCGAAUUAACUACAUUGCUUACCCAAUCCAAAUCCUGUCAAACAUGUGCAUAGUUUUGUUCAUCAUACAGUCUCUGGACAGGCUCUUCUUGUGCUUUGGCUGCUUCUGGAUCAGAUUGAAAAAGAUCAAACCAAAGGCCGAAGACGAUGGCUACAAGUACCACCCUAUGGUUCUUGUCCAAAUUCCUAUGCGUAAUGAGAGAGAGGUGUACGAGCAAUCGAUCUCUGCUGUUUGCAAAAUCGAUUGGCCGAGAGAUCGAUUGCUGAUUCAAGUGCUCGACGAUUCUGAUGAUGGAGCCAUCCAGCUACUCAUCAGCACUGAGGUUUCCAAAUGGAGUCGGAGAGGCGUAAACAUAGUGUACCGACAUCGGUCGGCGACGACCGGUUACAAGGCCGGCAAUCUCAAGUCCGCUAUGAGCUGUGAAUACGUGAAGGACUAUGAGUUCGUCGCGAUAUUCGACGCUGACUUCCAGCCCAAUCCUGAUUUCCUCAAGCUCACCAUUCCACACUUCAUGGGGAAUCCUGAGCUGGGACUGGUCCAGGCGAGAUGGAGCUUCGUAAACACGAACGAGAAUCUAUUGACUCGCCUUCAAAAUAUCAAUCUCGCCUUUCACUUUGAAGUCGAGCAACAGGUCAACGGCGUCUUCUUGAACUUCUUCGGAUUUAACGGGACGGCGGGCGUAUGGAGAAUCAGGGCGCUGGAGGAUUCGGGAGGAUGGCUUGAGAGAACGACCGUGGAGGACAUGGACAUUGCUGUUCGCGCUCACCUCCAUGGUUGGAAGUUCGUCUUCUUAAAUGAUGUAAAGGUGUUAUGCGAAGUCCCUGAAUCUUUCGAGGCGUACCGGAAGCAGCAGCAUCGGUGGCACUCCGGACCGAUGCAUCUAUUUCGGAUAUGUCUUCCGGCUAUCAUAGCUUCCAAGGUAGUAAUUAGUAAAGCUAACAUACAUAUUCAUCCAUGUUCGACUGAAGUUUGUGGCUUGAUUGCAGAUUUCAAUGUGGAAGAAGGCAAACUUGAUUCUUCUAUUCUUUCUUUUAAGGAAGUUAGUUCUUCCUUUCUAUUCAUUUACAUUGUUUUGUGUAAUUCUCCCACUGUCCAUGUUCGUCCCGGAGGCCCAACUGCCUGUUUGGGUCAUCUGCUACGUGCCCAUCGUAAUGUCUUUCCUCAACAUUCUUCCGGCGUUGCGAUCGUCCCCCUUCAUCGUGCCUUACCUUCUCUUCGAAAACACCAUGUCGGUGACCAAAUUCAAUGCCAUGGUCUCGGGACUAUUCCAACUGGGGAGUUCAUACGAAUGGGUCGUCACCAAAAAGGUCGGCCGGUCAUCAGAAUCCGACCUCCUACCUGCUGCGGCUGUAAGCAAAAUAAGCAAACUACAACACGUAAAGGCCAACAAGAUCUACAAAAAGGAGCUGGCCCUUUCGUUCCUCCUCCUCACUGCCGCCGUUCGGAGUCUGCUGUCGGCUCAGGGGGUUCACUUCUACUUCUUGCUCUUCCAGGGCGUCUCGUUCCUCGUAGUGGGUCUCGAUCUCAUCGGGGAGCAAAUGAGCUGACAUUGCACUGAAGAAAGGACAGUCAUGUUCAGAUUGGAUUUUUUUUUUCUACUUUAACUCAGACAAGUGAUACUAGAGAGCUUCAUUGCAUCUCUUUGUCCUCUCAAACAAUAAGACCAUCGCUUCAAAGGUCAUGUGUAAAAAAGCUAUGUAUAGUUUGCAUUGAUUCAGUUAAUUAUUAUUACACAGUUGGAAAAA